AUAGCUAUCGCGACCCUCGACUGUUCUAUAGUUUUUGGUAUGGCUACCACAUACAUCACUCGGCAAUGACAGACCACAGUAAUGACACCUGUAAGACUGGGAGCAGCGACACCUUCGGCACCGGCCACCCGCGCGAUAUCCGGCUUCAGCUUUACAUCUCCGUGACGCUCGGCGUGGGGGCAUUUCUACUCUUCUGUUUUUUGCGACCACGAUGGAAAGGCCUAUAUGCUGCGCGCAAGAAGCAGAACAAUCUUGCCACCUCGCUUCCUGAGCUUCCGGACACCUUCUUAGGCUGGAUCAUACCGCUAUGGAGAAUUACAGACGAGCAGGUGCUGGCCUCGGCCGGACUGGAUGCUUAUGUGUACCUUGCAUUCUUCAAGAUGGCCAUCAAGUUCCUCCUUGUCACGUUGUUCUUCGCCCUUACCGUGAUCAAGCCUGUCCACGACACACACCAGGAAAAGGAGGGCAAGAAACCGUAUCUUGGUGGCGACGGUGACGACACGAACGAACAGCUCGAGAUGCGCUCGGCUACAAUCUGGUCGACGUUCGGUGGCCACGGUUACGAAUACUACACGGACUAUCUCUGGAUGUAUCUCGUCUUCGUAUACCUCUUCACCGCCCUCAUACUUUACUUGAUUGUCUCCGAAACCAGGAGGAUCAUCGACAUCAGGCAGGAGUACCUAGGCAGCCAAACGACUAUCACCGACCGAACCAUCAGACUCUCGGGCAUUCCGCUGGACCUACGCUCUAACGAUGAGAUCAAACAGUUUAUUGAAGAUCUGGGUAUUGGUAGGGUUGAAAGUGUGACGUUGUGCAGGAAUUGGAAAGAGCUAGAUGACAAGAUAACAAGACGACAAACUGUAUUGCGAAAGCUCGAGGAGGCUUGGACAGUUCAUCUGGGAAGUAGAAGAGUUGAGCGCAGCUUGGAAACUCUUCCUGUGAUUCAGCCUCUUCCAAAUGAGACUGACAGCGGUGAUCGCGAGGACAGCCGACUUCUCAACAACACCGGCGGAGAACCUCAUUACGUGACCCCACAUGCGCGUCAACGUCCGGUGGCAAAAGUCUGGUAUGGACCACUAAAGUUGCGUUACAGGACAGUCGAUGCUAUCGAUUAUUACGAGGAAAAGCUUCGGAGGCUGGACGACGAGAUCAGAGACUUGCGAAAGAAGGACUUUGAACCGACCCCGUUGGCCUUUGUCACUAUGGAUAGUGUGGCAAGUGCACAGAUGGCUAUUCAGGCUGUCUUGGACCCUUCGCCGCUCCAACUCCUUGCGAACAAUAGCCCAGCUCCAUCGGAUGUGGUCUGGCCAAACACGUACCUCUCACGCAGUCAACGCAUAUUCCGAGCAUGGACCAUCACGUUUUUUAUUGGAGUCUUGAGUAUCUUCUGGACUGUUCUACUGGUUCCAAUCGCUGGUGCGUUGAACACUUGCUCUAUUGGAGAGGUUUUUCCUGGUCUUGCGAGGGUACUCGAUCGGCACGAACUUUUACAGUCCCUAGUCAACACACAACUGCCGACUCUUGCGUUGACGCUGCUCAAUGUACUUGUGCCUUUUCUCUACGACUGGCUCGCGAACAAGCAAGGCAUGAUUUCACAAGGCGAUGUCGAGCUCUCCGUCAUAUCGAAAAACUUUUUCUUCACAUUUUUCAACUUCUUCGUCCUCUUCACGAUCCUGGGAACCGCAUCAAACCUCGUGGACCUAUUGACGAGACUUGGGGAAAAACUGACAAGCGCCACUGAAAUCGCUUUCGCCUUGGCCAAUUCUCUUGAAAAACUUCUCGGCUUCUACACCAAUUUUAUCAUGCUACAGGCAUUUGGGCUAUUCCCAUUCCGCCUACUGGAAUUUGGCGCACUGUCGUUGUAUCCAAUCUACCUCAUUGGUGCUAAGACUCCUCGAGACUACGCAGAACUUGUCCAGCCCCCUGUCUUCAGCUACGGAUUUUUCUUACCUCAGACCAUACUCAUCUUCAUCAUCUGCGUUGUUUACAGUGUAAUGAGAGACUCUUGGCUGGUCAUACUUACCGGAUUGGCCUACUUUACCAUAGGACAGUUCGUCCACAAGUAUCAGUUGCUCUAUGCAAUGGAGCAUCGCCAGCACUCGACAGGUAGGGGUUGGACGAUGAUGUGCGACCGUGUCAUUAUGGGUGUGGUACUGUUUCAGGGUACUGUUGCUGGACAGUUGGCUUUGAAGAAAGCAUUCAAGCGGGCGAUCUUGGUGGCACCACUCGCAAUAUGCACCGUCUGGUUUCUGUUCGUCUAUGCACGGACGUAUCGUCCUCUGAUGAAGUUUAUCGCUCUUCGAAGUCUGCGAGACCCUGAGCGAUCAGAUUUGGGCCGCGACGUCCAAGAGGAAGCCCUCCACCCGGAGCACGGCGGACGAAGAAGACCAGCAGGACGCCUCACUCUGGAUGAAGCUCGGGAGAGGGGGAUGAAGUUUGAAUCUGGCUUACCAACAAGAACGCAAGAUCUUCAAAUGGAUCAAACGGAUCCACUCCUCGCAGCAGCAAUGGAGGUGUCUGAAAUUUACCUCUCGAGGGGUGUCGCUGGUACUCGAUCUGAACCCGUUCUUCCUACAACUAAUCUCGAGCCUCUUCAGAUCGCAUCGUUUCUCGAAUCACAAAAUACCCGCAGGCCUUCGCACAGUGCUUCUCAUCCGCUGUGUAGCCAAAUGCCCACAGCAUCACAAUGUGUGAUCGAACCUUCACAAUGCAUAAGAAAAGACCUAAGACACACUGACAGCCAAUCAACACUCCUUCCAACCAAAACCCAGGACGAUCCAACAACUAGACGCUCUGAGAUGCUCCAUCACGUCUUCCCGCGCUCAUCGCGUCCCACUCACAGCAGUGGAAUCAGAACCCGAGUCUCCAAAACCGAUUAUUAUAGGGGCGCACUUCUUUACGGGCGGCAGCUGAAAUCGAAAGGCACCUUUCACAGAGUAGUCAAUUCGUUCUUUGGCAAUACCGUGGGGCAAGAAGUGAAAAAUGCCAGUCCGCGAGCUCGCGAUCGCUCAAUACCAUCCAGCUCUGGUUCACGACUAGGGUCCUCCUCCAUCCAUGGCUCGGUCCCAAGUCUCGACCUCAUCUCGCCUGGCGCAUUCUUAUUCAGCGGACCCAGUCUUCAGUCUGCGGGGUCGUAUGGCACCUUGACUCCUAGACAUCUAAGCUUGACAGAAUCGCUUCGAGACGCGCAUACAGCCCGUCAUAUGCAUUCGACUUCAUUUUCCACCAUUGAUACUACUAGUUUCGGAGACGAGCUGCUCGAGCCUCUUGUCUGUAGGGGAGUGGUACGAAGUAUGUCAGAUGUGCUUCUUGGGAUCGAUACGCCAACAGAAGAACUCGAGAAUCCUCUGAUUGACCUGAAAGCGACUUGCCGAUUCUGGUACAAUACAAUCAGCAACAUCGCACCACCGCCUGUACGUCCGGCUUCUGGCAAGUUGCCUACAGAGAUAUUGCUGAGCAUCUACAACUACCUUGACGCAAAGUCCUUCAACGCUGCUCGGCGAGCGUGUCGAAGUUGGAUGAUGGCAAGUCUGGACAAGAGUCUACUUAAAACGAUGAUACAUCGAGGAGGGUGGCAUAGUGGCAGUGAAAGGAACGGAGACAGCCUUGCAAACAGGUGUUUGACUGCUACCAGCAACGAGGAAUGGAUACUAAGCCGAUAUCUGUCACGUCAAUGUGCUAUGGCCGCCCAUUGGACGGGUAAUGGUGUUGAUGAACGAUCUGCCUUUGUGGAAAGCAGUGAGAUUGACUUCUCGGAACUAGCCAAUGGAUUUGCCAUCCAGAAAGGCCGGACCAGCUGCGCUCUGAUAUUUACUUCCAGCAUAUGUGGAAAGUACCUGCUAGUCGCAAAAGAUACCCUCAUUUAUGUCUACGGACUGGAGAAUGGUCUACUGGAGCCGAUAGCAACCGUGGUUUGUCCGAGAAGAGUUCUUGCAAUGAGUAUGAACACUUCUGUGGGCCGAGAUGCUGUUGCCGCUCUUCUGGAAGGUAGAAUGGGUAUGGUGUGCGAACUUCGGUACAGGCGCCCAUAUCCGGAGCCCAGCUCUGAAGAUACAUAUAUGGGAAGAGACGGAAAUCUGCCUCAAAUGAUUGCUCGAUCAAGUACUCCGGCUGGGCAAACUAACGAGCCUCGAGGACGAACUUUGCCUGGGGUGCCUGACAGCUUUCCAUACGUUUCGGACACAAGUUCUGGUUCCUUCAAUGCGAUCGAAUUGAAAGGACACAACCAAAGGUUCGAUCUCGAAGAAACCGAUGACGCCAGGACCCAUGAUCGGAAUUUGAUCAACCAAACAUGGAAUCUGGACCUUCACGGACCGUUGAAAGAUCUUGGAGGUACAUCAAGAAUGAUACCAUCGGUACAAAGGACACCAAUUGAAAGCAGUGCGUCUACCAUCUACCGUCAUCUUUGCUCCGAGGAUGACCCACCGCGAAACGUCUCGAUUUGUCCACAGCGCCGAUGCGUUGCCUUUGGGUGCUCGGCGGGUAUCGAGCUCCAUUGGAUUGAUGCACUUACUGGACAGAGUCUCAGUCGAUGGUUCCCUCUGACAUCGCCGAGUGAUCAUCUGUACUUCCUAUCACCUCGACCCGGAUUUGAGUCGGCCAAGAAGUUGCGUCUCAUCUCGAGUGCUGCGCAUCCAGGUGAUCGACCAGCCAUCACCCGAAGACUGUUCAGCAGUGCGAAUUUCAGCUCUUUUUGGGGUUCGUUCGGCUUCGAGGCGCGUUCUCGACAAUUCCAGAGUUGUGAUCACUAUCAUGCCAUCCCUUUGAGUGACGGCCACCAUGUGCUCUUUAUCGACCCAUCAACUGAUCGACUGACACUUGGUUGUGAUGCACCACUUGGUGGCCCUGUGAGGUUACUACACAAAGUGAUAUUGAAUCCGCCGACGGAGCAUAUCGUCCCGCGAGUCUACACCGCAGCUGCUGACAUGUCUUCUGGGGCUCGCGUCGUAGUGGCUUGUGGUAAUAUCAUCAUGCUGUACAGCAUACCACCAGACGUUCUAGCUCUAUCUAGACUGCAGCACGUGGCAGAUGGCCAGGAUGCCUCUAUCUGGCCUGUAUCGCUCUCUGGCACUGAGAUCGGCAGACUGACCGACGUCUGCGAAUUGGCGGUCCAGACUCGCCCCGAUCUUCUAAUCUGGGCUUUCACCUACACCUCGCAGUGCAAGACCUGGCGCCUGCACAACUAUGUCGAUCCGAUUGCCAGGCCGACACAGUAUGUAGGUGGAAGCGGCCUGGUGCACGACUCUUAUAGCGUUGAUGAGCCCAAGGAUGUUGUCAUGCUUGACACACCGUCUUCUAGCAGUGCUAUUGACAUCCAAGCUGAAGGGAACACAUGCGAGAGGUCAGCGGCGGUCGAAUCGGGCAUGGACCGCAGUACGCCGGGCGUGUGGAAGAGGAUCCCAGGGGCACUGGCAGUGGAAAAUGAUAGUUGGGUUGACACCAUCGAUGUCGGUGGCUGUGCAGACGCUUGGUUCGAGAGAGGUGGGGAUGUUGUUACCUUGCACGAAGAGUGA